CGAUAUUUUUGACAACACUACAUGAGGCAUUCAGUGUUUACAGGAAGCGAAUAUUAUAAAGUUAUAAAAGUUUUAAUUAGCUAUUCAUUUUUCACAGAUUCAUAUUGAUUCACUUCAGAAGACAUUAAUUGAUCGGCGAGAGUCAUGUGGAUAUAUCUUUGAUGCUGAGUACAUUUUUUUUUGGACCAUCAGAAAUUGGUGUCCAUUCACUUGCAUUGGAAAAAGUUAAACCUUUCACCUGGGAUUCUUUCCUAAAAAUCUUAACUCCUGUUCUGAUGAAGAAAGAAGGUCAUAUAAAUCUUGGAUGGCCUGAUGGUGAAUCAAUUAUCAGCAAAUUUUCAUUUUUGGGAGUCGCAGCACCAGUCUACGUCAGAUAUCUGUCACCUCUGAGCCUCAACGUACGUUCUUUCUCAAGCUUGAAUGGGCUGAAGAUCUCGGAUCUGGCUUUGUCAUCCUUCUGUCUGAUGUUGUUUCUGCAUGGAGCGGUGAAGUUUCAGAGGAGGAUGUGUCCCGGGAAGCCCAGGAGAUAGAGAUGGAAAGGGACCGGUAUGUUCGUUACCUGCACCUGGCUCUGACUGGAGAGGGACCGGUAGCGGAGGGGGAGUACAUCUUUCACCUGGCACCUGAGAGACCCGGCAGCCCCCUGCUGCAGCUGUCUUAUGAGAAGGUGCAGAGCGACAUCUCGUUCAGGCUCGGUGUGGUGGAGCUGCAGGCUGUACCGGAGCCCACUGAAGUCAUAAGGGAGCUUAUUAGUCAUGGCUUGGAGCUGAGCACACGUCUACAGGCCAAAAAUCAGCACCUGCUUGAGGAGAACCAGAAACUGAGGAGUGAGCAGGAGCACAUCACAACUGAGAUGGAAAGGUACAUCCAGGGAAAGGAGACCCUCGAAAGGGACCUCUACAGUCGCUUUGUGCUGGUUCUUAAUGAGAAGAAGGCCAAAAUUCGAACUCUGCAGGAGAGAGUCAAAGAACUCCAGGACUCUAUAGAUGAGCAUAAACUGAGAAGGAAGAAGGCAGUAAGUGAAGACAAAGAGGUGAGUGAAGCUGCAGCAGAUAAGAGCCCCGGGGAAGAUACCGAUUAUGGAGGUAGCACAGAAGAUGAACAGGAGGAAGAUUCAAUACAUCCCAACCCAAAACCUCUUCUACAAGAGAUGCCAGAAAACAGCCCGAUGGAUGACAGUCUGAAUGACAUUACAGAUGUGGCCCCCUGCCGCAAACGUCGCCAUCGCCAUCUGCAACAGCUAGAGACUCGAGCCAAACAGGCGGGACUGGACCAGCGACAGAGAACCAGAGAGAAGCCAAUGGAUGAGGCCAAAGCAGAGACGAGCAAAACUCCAAAGGUCCAACUGAAACCAACAACCAGUGUGACAAACCCUGAUCCAGAUGACCUUUUUGAUGAUAUAUGACCUCAAAGGAGCACCAUAUGUGAAAACAUGACUUGAGUACUGUUUGUAAGCUGUAGGAGUAACAAAAUGGUACUAAAAAUUAUAAAGUUUAUUUACAAUAGAUAUUAAUUCAAUCAAAUCUUUUUUAACAAUAACUACUUUUUUAACAACAAAAGGUGGCAAGAGGCAUGUCUAAAUAAAUAAAUUUUUAACUCUGUAAGGUGUGAAUAAAUGUGAUAAAUCUGAGUAUUUAUAUAAUUUCCAAAGAAAUGAUCUUGCUUUCUGAAUGGAUUUGUAUUAUAUAAUUAUCGCAAAUACUGAGGGUUAAGGGAUUUGAUUAAACCACUCUAAGAAAAUAUUACGUGUGUGUGUGUGUGUGUGUGUGUGUGUUACUUUUAUAUAGUGCUUUUUCAGACACUAAACUCAAAGCGCUUUACACAGUGAACAGGGUGACUCUAUUUAACCUCCACCAGUGUGCACCAGUACACUCACCACACACUAGCUAUUGGUGGGGAGGAGAGAGUAGAGUGAUGAAGCCAAUUUAUGGAUGAGGAUUAUUAGGAGGCCAUGAUUAAGAAGGGCCAAUGGGGGGAAUUUGGCCAGGACACCAGGGUUACACCCCUACUCUUUACGAGAUGUGUCUUGGGGGUUUUAAUGACCACAGAGAGUCAGGACCUCAGUUUAACGUCACAUCCGAAGGACGGUGCCUUUUUACAAUAUAGUGAUCCUGUCACUAUACUAGGGCUUUGGGACCCAUACAAACUGCAGGGUGAGCAACCCCUGCUGGCCUCCCCAAUACCACUCAGAACAGCAAUCUCAGUUUUUGGCCAGUACCGGAGGAGUCCCAUCCAGGUACUGGCCAGGUUCAACCUUGCUUAGCUUCAGUGGUCAUCUGGUCUUAAGGUGUGUGUGUGUGUGUGCGUGCGUGUGAAAAUGUAUGUUUUAUUUCACAUGACAUUAUUGCAUGUGAUUUGGCAGUUAAAUAUUGUAAUGAUAAUAAUUAAUUGAAAUAAAAAGUAUGAUUUACCUUAAAGUUAACAGUGAAAAUGUACAUUAUAUCAUACAAGACAAUGCAUGUACUUUUACAGUAAACCUUUGUAAAAAUUACAGUGCAAAAUAAAAUGUGGGAUUCCAGAAGUCCCUGUAUGACCGGUGUGUUUCU